AGGCACUGAGCCCACGUCCUUUCGCGCAAGCACGGCAGCCGCAGAAUAACAGCAGGCUGGAGAGGAGGAUCGAGGCUUGUCCUAUUUUCCUCCAACCGCUGCUCAAGAUAACUCACAGGAGGCAGGAAAAUGCACCGUGCAUUCAAAGUUGUGUGUUUAAAACGGCGGAUGACAACACGUCAUCGCCUCAAGGAGUCUUUCCUUGCGUAAUUUCGCAUAGGGGUUUAUUCGUGCGCUGAUAUCCCCGUUUUGCAUCCUGUGUCCUCCUCGUCAUCCCAUCAUCACCAUUAGAGAGAAAGGGGGGACAUCUGCAUGCUGCAGGAGUGAGAAAAGGAUUCUAUGCUAUACACAUCGGGUGAAGCCAUCACAAAGCAAUGCCCUGAACUUCUUCACCUCCUGGGAAUUAAGCUCAGUUUACAGUUUUCUGGGAUAUAGAUAGACUGCCAGCAUGUUGCAGCCCUCAAGAAGAGCAGGUGGCAGCCUGUUAAAAACAUCACCUCCCUGGAGUAAAGAUUUGGAAUGGGCCCUAUUCCUCGCCCUGUGCAUAGGUCUCCACUGGCCUCCAGGGACAGCAGGGUCAGCGCUAGACUGUCACAAGACUUGUAUCUGCGCCUCCAACAUCAUGAGCUGCUCUAAGAUGAACCUGACCAACAUUCCAACGGGGCUGCCGCUCUACGCCACCGUUCUGGAUCUCAGUUACAAUGAGAUCACAAAGUUGAGGUCAGAGUGGACUCCAGUGAAGCUCCCGAAGCUUCGCAACCUGCUGCUCAGUCACAAUGGCCUCCUCUUCCUGUCAUCAGAGGCAUUCAUUAAUGUGAAGUACCUGCGCUACUUGGACCUGUCCUCCAACAGCUUGCAGCAGCUAGAUGAGUUUGUCUUUGAGCCAUUAGUCAACCUAGAGGUUCUCUUGUUGUACAAUAACAAAAUUUACCAGAUUGACCGCUCAGCUUUUAUCACCAUGAUCAAUCUCCAGAAGCUCUACCUGAGCCAAAACCAAAUCUCCCGAUUCCCUGUGGAGCUUGUCAAGGAAAAAUCCCGUCUAGAAAAACUAAGCUUGCUGGAUGUGUCAUCCAACAAGAUUAAAAUUUUGCCUAUUGAUGAGCUUCAAGUCCUGCCAGCCUGGAUUAAAAACGGCCUCUAUUUCCACAACAACCCCCUGCUCUGUCACUGUGACCUCUACACACUCCUUGCACACUGGUACAUCCGAAAGCUCAACUCAGCCCUGGACUUCAAAGAUGACUUCACAUGUGUUCUGCCAGGCCCACAGAAGACCCAGAUUGAUGCUUUCGAUCUGAGCGGCGAAAGCAUGAAUUGCAGUACUUUUAAAGAGGCAGAACAAGAGGCUUUUCUUGAGCAGUCGUUGCUCCUCAGUUGCGACACCAAACACAGGAAUGUGUUAAAGACUUGGACACUUCCUGGGAAUGUGGCAUUGAUACCAGCAAGCAACCAGACUGCUAAAGUUUUGCCAGGUGGCAGUCUUCAAGUUAAUCCAGUGAGAUUGGACGACUCUGGAACCUACACCUGUUUUGCCACCAGCGGAACCUUCAAUGAAACCAUCUAUGUGGUACUGAAGGUCCACAACUUUACCAUGCACGGCAAUGGAGAGACCUUGAACACGGCGUACACCACAUUAGUCGGCUGCCUGGCCAGCGUGGUUCUGGUAAUCAUAUACCUUUACCUGACACCGUGCCGCUGCUUCUGCUGCCCCAAUAGGAGUAAAAAUCGGGGGGACGACAGCAUCCACUCAUCCAUGUUGAGCGUGACGCCGACCCACGGGCACCCAGUGCUCAAGGCAGAGCUUAACAGGCAUGUGGCUUUCAUAGACUCCAAGGAGGCACAGGGACAAAAUGGCAAGCUGAACCCUAACGGGGAUGAGGACAAUGAUGACAUAGAUGUUGAGGCCAGUUCACUUAUGAAGGGAAAGAGGAAGAAGUCAGUAGCAGACUCCAUUAGCUCGGUCUUCUCAGACACUCCUAUGAUGGUGUGAGAAGAAAGCUGACAGGAUACUAGCAGCUUUUUUAGAAAGGGAAAUGGGAGAAAACAAGUUGAAAUAAGAGACUUUACAAAAGUGAACUGUCUUGUUCUUAACAAUUAGCCGGACUUUUCCAGCAUUCUAAUGUGUAGCACUUAAUUUAAUUAAUUUACUGUGAAGGAAGUGGGAUGUGGAGAUUUGAAACUACUGACGUCUUGAGCAUUCACCCUGUGAUAGAUGAUAUUGUGCUAAUGUGGGGAUACAAAUGGGGGGCAGGAUUCUCAUAUCAUGAUAAGUAUUACAAAUACUAGAAUAGAUUGCUUCUUAUCAAGAACAUAUCGUAGCAUAGGAGACAGAUGGGCAUCAGCAAAACAUGAAUGCAUCUGCCAUCAACCUAGAGUCAUCCAUAGGGAAAGCAGGAUAUUAUGAAGCUGCAUAUAUUAGAUAAAGAUAGCUUCAAUAUACCUUUUCCAAGAAAAUGUAGCAUAAACAUGUGCUCAGAAGUACUUCAUUGAACUAUUUGUAUGUGUAGCGGUAUAAUUACAUUUUCCAUUGGUGUAUCGUGGAACAUGUCAAUAUACUACUGCAUUUAAUAGAAAAUAACCAGGUAGUAAUUUCUCAUGUGUAUCAGAAUAACUGCCUCACAUCUACUUGAACUUAUGAAGCCUUACAUGAUAAAAAGAUAAACACUGGUAACCUCCAGCAAACAAAUAUUCAGUGGCAGGACACAGUCUUGAUAUCAACCAUCUUGUUACAAGUAAUCCACACAAAUAGUUCAACUUGCUUUCAACUCAAUAUAAGGUGGAUGACUUCAAAUCUGUGUUACACACAUGUAUUUUUACAGCAUUCUAAAUGUUAUCAACAUCUGCGUGAGUGAGUUUGACUCCCCUUUACUGGAAAUAAAACACUAAUCCACCACUAAAUAACAUUUGAUCCAAACACUAUAAAUGCAGGUAUUGACUACUUUUUAGCCUGAUUGGCAGGAAAUUAACCAUUAAGUAAACAUACAGGUAUGGUCGUAGACCUGCAUUAUCUGGAAAUGUGCACUAGUGACGCACACACGAAAAUCAUUUGAUGAUGUUAACUUUUAAAAGCUGUAACUGAAUUUAGUCAUUUAAUGGGAUUGGCUGUUUAAUUUGUUUCGGAUAUGCUUAAUAAAUUAUUCAGGAAUGAUCAAAUGACUAAAUUUACAUAGUGUCUAAAAAGGAGUAGGAAGAAGCAGUUUAUUCAAUUGUACCCAUUUUUCAUAGCUUUGUAAACAACCGUUUAUAUUUUACAGGUUGACAUGUACAAUAUAGCAUUCGUUUCCUUUUUGUCAUUUAUAAUUUGUUCAUUUCCUGUGUUUGUGUGGCACCAUUUUUUAAUUAAAGUGACACUAAGAGAGAAUGUGUUGGAUAGACAUCUUAUAAAUGAAAGAAUACGGAAAUGACAACACUGUACUAAUAAGCAAAUAUGAGAAUACAAAUGAAAAAACUGACUGCAUACAUCUUGUGCGAUGUCAAAAAGAAAGAAUUUAAGAUGUUAACAAAAAGAUUUAAAAACUGGAAAUGUAAUACACGUUAAAAAAAAUAAUUACUGCUAUCAAAUGAUUACUUAUGCAGAUUAAUUAAAUUUUUUUAUUUGGAUUAAUCAAAGGUUAUAACUCGCUUGCAUAGCUUAAAGCAACUAAAGUAUCUUAGACCCUGAUAUUUAAACACAUAUGCAAUUUUGCUGUCAGAAUGUCAUACAGGAACAUUUUAAAAGCUUUACUUGGGUGCUUGACACAUUUUCUCAUGACAUGGCAAAAGUUUCAUUUUAAAGUCCUGUCAGUAUUUAUUUUGAACACACCAGUCGUAGUCUUCUCGCUCAUUGUCGCUUAAUUUAUUUUUUGCUACGAGGUAGCCACUUUUCCUGGGUGUACCCCGCCUUCCGCCGAAUGCAUCUGAGAUAGGCUCCAGCAAACCCCGCGACCCCGGUAGAAAUUGGAUGGAUGGAUAGAUGGUAUUAAUCACAUGAGUUAACUCAUUAUUUGACAGCCCUAAAAAUAACAAAGUUAAUGAAUAUAACAUUUCACAAAUUAGAAUAAGCAAAUAUAAUAAACGUUUACUGGAGUAAAAAUAUUGACAAAAACAUAUCUAAUAAAUGGCGGAUAUACAAUAAGCAGUCAUGAAAGAGGAGAGUAUACUGCAUGAAUAGGGGCACAAUGUAAUCAAACCAUAGCAAUAUGUGAGUGAUAAUACAAGGCUAAGAUGAACGGUUCUCAGAUGGGUUUCAUUCCCCCUCUGCUGUGUAUGCCUUUGUGUCUUUUAUCAGGCGUCACACAGCACAAAAGUUAUUGUCUAAGGCUCAAUUCAGUUUUAGUAUGUGUAUGUUUGUGUGCGCGUGUGUGUAUGUGUGCAGCCCUCAAACAGCAAUCAGUCAUCCAGGAAAUGAAUGUGAUGCCCUUUUGGGAGUAUAUGAAAUGCCCACAGCGUUUAUUGAAUGUUUGCUUUUUAAAUGAAAAAUAAUUGCGGGGAGGAAUUUGGUAUGUCAAAAUGAAUGACACAUGUUGAACUGAAAUCAGUGCAGCCCUUUGAAAGGUGCUUUGGGGGAAACGGAUGAAAUGUUCUCAGCAUCUCCAAUGUGCGUGCGAAGAGGAAGUCACACAGAGAGGUGGUGCGUGCAUCAUUCCACUCUCACCUAAGAAUAUACAACAGCAUGUCUAAAAUACCACAAGCUUUGUUAAGAUGAAGCACACGGCACUAAUGCAGCAGUUAGCGGCAAAUCAGGGCAAUUUCGAAGUGUGCAAAUUCUUUCAGCUCUGCCCUUGUGUGUAUACUUGUUAUUGCUCUAUAACCUCCAAGUAUCGCAAGAAGGUUUUAAGUAGAUCUUCCAUCCUACAUAUUGCCAUAUAGUAUACAGUAUGUAUUACCACUAUCUGUGUUCAGUAUUUAUUAGUUGUACAGCUAUGUUGUACCUGUGUACUGACUGUAUUGUUGUAUAAUCUUACCUUGUUGCUCAUUUGGUCUGCUGCUGUGCAAUUGUCUUGGUUUACACGUUUAUUUUUCAAAUGGGUUGGGGUCCAGUUUUCUAUGGAAUGAUGGGUGUAUUUUACAUUUGUGGAAUCAGAAAAAACAUGUGGACAUUUAUGAAAAAGGCCUGACGUCCUGACAGGCAGUGAGUAUGUAGCCGCAAGUUAUUUUUAGCAAAGUCAAAGAGAAACGUACCGUGCUCUGGCUGUCUCAGGCCAUGUCUGAUGAGCCGUGAAGAAUAUAAUUUGGCCCUUUGGAAUCACAUCUUUUGUAGAUAACACUAUUUUUGUCAAAAAAGCAGAACACAUUAUUUACUACAAUGAUUUUGGAUGGAUCUAAAAUAAGAAAGAAGGCGAUAUAAAAAUGACUGCAUCCAUUCAUGAAAAUAUUUGGAAAUAAUCACGGAUAAGUGGCAUUAGUGUGGUUUCUGACAUUCAAUAUCUCUAUUCUUCAAACUUAAAAGUAGCAGUUUUGCAAACAUUCCUGAAGGGAUGUGGCUGAAAGCCUUUCCCCCACAUUCGCCAGUCCUCCAUAUAAAUAUUUUAAAAGCAGCAGAGUUAAUUGACCACCAUCGCAAAGAUAAGUUGGCUGGCCAAAUUCAGAAUGGAUUUGCAUGGUAUGCUUUACAGCAAGGGUAUCCAACAAGUAGGAACAUUAAAAAUAUCAAACUUUCAUUUGCUACAAUUUUGAUGAUCAUGGUUUUCAGUUUAUUAUAUCAAAAUAAGUCUUCAAAUAUCUUUAGUUGCAUGUUGUGAGCCUGAAUCGUUAUUUUCAGCUUGGAAAUUUAAUUGUUAGAAUAACUGAACAUUUGCACAAAAUUAUAUUUUUUUAAGUUACCCCUGUAAAACACUUUAAUAAAAACAAUACAAUUUAAAUGUUGCUUGGCGUAAACAUAUCCUCUUUUUUUGCCAAAGUAGCUCUAAGAGGAAUGAAAGUUGGGGACUCCUGUUUUAGCACUUCUUUGGCUGCAGGCAUUAGAGGUAUUACUUGAUGAAAUAAACGACUGACCUUGACACAC